ACUUGUCUGUCGUUCCUCCGUCAGGUCCUUCGGGGUUGAAACAUGAGCGCCUUUGUGACCCUCUCAACAGGGCAGAAAAUGCCUCUGGUCGGACUCGGCACAUGGAAGAGCGCUCCAGGACAGGUGAAGCAGGCGGUGCUGGCAGCUUUGGACUGUGGGUACAGACACAUCGACUGUGCUGCAGCAUACGCCAAUGAACAGGAGGUGGGACAGGCUCUGGCUAUCAGGGUCGGCCCUGGGAAGGCUGUGCGUCGAGAGGAGGUGUUCAUAACAUCCAAACUGUGGAACACCAAACAUGAGCCGCAGGAUGUGGAGGAAGCGUGCAGGACCAGCCUGGCCCACCUGGGUCUCUCCUAUUUGGACCUGUACCUCAUGCACUGGCCCAUGGCAUUUCAGCGCGGGAAGGAGCCGAUGCCUCGACGAGAUGAUGGUAGUAUUUGUUACUCCGACACACACUACAGAGAUACUUGGGCAGCCAUGGAGAGCCUAGUGGACAACGGUCUAGUGAAAGCUAUAGGACUGUCCAACUUCAACGCCAGACAGACUGAUGACAUCAUCAACAUGGCCAGACACAAACCUGCGGUGAACCAGGUGGAAUGCCAUCCUUAUUUGUCUCAAGCAGAUCUCCUUUCUCACUGUCGGUCAUUAGCAGUUUGUGUAACAGCCUACAGUCCUUUGGGCAGCGGGGACCGGCCGUGGGCCUCCCCUGGAGAACCAAGUGUGCUCCAGGACCCUGGACUGGCUGCUGUCGCAAAGAGAUAUCAGAAGACACCGGCCCAGCUCAUACUCAGGUGGAAUAUUCAGAGGGGAGUCGUGUGUAUCCCUAAAAGUGUGACUCCCUCCAGGAUCCAGCAGAACUUGCAGGUGUUUGACUUUUCUCUGACAGAAGACGACAUGAAGCUCAUUGAAACCGUCAACCGCAAUGAGCGCUUCAUUGUUCCAACUGUGGAGAGGGACGGCAAGAGAGUGUGGAGAGAUGCAGAGCACCCACAUUUUCCCUUCAAUGAUCAAUGAUCUACAAUCAAGGAAUGCAAGAUAUUUUUCUGAAGACAUGUCAAACACUGACUAAAACAAAUAUCCAAAACUAAAUCAAAAAUCAUGUUGACUUGAUUUAAUAAUAUUAAAGAGUACAUUUUUAGAAGUGCUUAAAUUAAGUUUUUCCAAAGAAGAAAAAUGACUUUUCAGACAACAAACACUAUGAUCAGUAACAUAACUGCAGAAUAGCUAAAUAACUUUGAUCCCUUCACGUUUCAUAGUGAAUGGAAAAUCAUUGAACACCUGCAGAAGGUUAAACCUUCUAAAAAUGCACUUCUGAUCAAUGAAUUUAAAUCAAGACCGUGUCAUUCAUUGUUCGGUAGUAUUAAGUGUAUAACUAUUGUGACUCAUCCGUCUCUACUGUAAAAUUUGCAAAUUCUUUAAAUCAGAACGUAAAUGAACUCUGUAUCAAAAAAGUUUCAAACGACACUGAUAACACUUCCAUUUUGUGAGAUUUUAUUUUCAACAUAACCUUGACAAAUUUGUAAUACGUUAUAUGCUACUGUUUAUU